AUGGAGCCAUCGAACAAGGAAGUCCGACCAGCAAUUAGUGCCGAAUGGGAGCCGUUCUCACAAAAACCAAAGAAGUCCCAAUACUCUCCUCCACCUCGACAUACCGCAAUACUAAAACCAGCAAGUCUCAAUGCUAAAAAAGCUGCGCAGCAGAGAGAAACGAAAAAGUCGGGAGGGGAGGCCAAAGAGAUGGUUACGCAUGAGUCCGUGGGUAGCAGGCGGAUGACUAGGUCCAUGACAGCCUCACAAGCAGCGAGUUCCCAGCCGCAAGAGGAACUUUCCGCCGGGGAUAUCCAACAAGGUAGCUCUCAUCCUACUGAAAACCCCAAGCCCGCCACAAAAGCGAGAAAAGAGCCAACAGCCGUCCCAAAGGCCAAGGGGUCUCAGACAGCAGCGACGAUGGCCAAGACCAGAACGAAGACAAAGCCGCAGCUCCCGGUAGAAGAGCAGGCAUCGCGAGCAUCAGGCCCGCAAAAAGUAGCCGGGUCCCGGUCACAACCCAAUAACCCGCACUCAGGUGGCGGGAUCGAACCCGUCCGACUCUCGGCGAGGAAGCCGGCGUCCCGGCUCCAACGGCCUAAAGCUGUCGACCUCUACGAAAGCCCCGGGGUCACGGAAACGCCAGAAGACUCCGCAGGUCCUCCACCGUCGAAGCCCACUCCCCAUGGUAUCGUGAAGCAAGAACCAGCUGCCCCGGCACCGACAACACCUGCAAUCCCAUGGGAUAUCUAUGGCAUUGCCGACUCAUCUGGAGGUGCACAAGCCAAGUCUAAGCCGGCGGAGGCACCGCGGGAGAAGGAAUCCCCAAGCAUCAACAAGACGACGACCAAAGCUCUCCCAAAAACUCCUCGCCAAAAUACUUCCGCCGGUUUGGCCGAAGAAACGGUUGCCGGCUUUUCCUUCUCGGAGCCUAGUACGGACACAGCGCGGGCAGAAGAGCUCAGUGACGACCAAGAAGCCGACCCUCAUGACAAGUCAAUGGAUGCGGAUUACAUUCCUGUGGGCCCCGGGCCCAUGCCCAAAAUCCCGAAGCUCCCAAAGGCCCCGAAGAAGCGCCCCUUAAGCAGCGGCCAGCCCCCCUCCCGCCGAAAGACCCAGAGCCCGAUGCUGCCGUUGACCGCGCCUUUGUCGACACGCGGCCCGGCACCCGAAGCCGACCCCGCCAUCUGGAACGUGGGAACAAACGCGCCACCACUCCACGCCACACCGCGCGGCCUUGCGCGCCCAGGGAGCGUCUACUGCGAAACAUGCUUUCGUGAUGAUCUGGCUCGGUGGAUCCGAAUCCGCGACGGUGUGGUGCGCGUCCUGCACUUACUCGGUGGUGACACGGCGCUGGAGGAACUGCGGAUACUUACUCUUGAUGUUGAGGAGGCGGAGCUCUCUUUAACAGAAGAAUAUCAAGCGAGUCGUAUAGCCGGCGAGGACUUGGGAAGUCCGCCGCCGUCGGAGUAUGCCUCCUCUAGCUCAGAGCCCGAGGGUGAAGCAGAGGGGCCCGGGGAGGAGGCUGUGGCAGCCAAAAAGAUUAUUGUCAUGUCGGAGUCCGGGUACAGUUGGGAAGCGCCGCAUUUCAACGAGUACCCGUCAGAUACCGUCGGCAUUGUGCUGCUUCGGAUCCUGGCGGAACGACCUACGUCUGGUUUAAACAGAGCUCAAAGAGACGAGGUAAACGGACUACUCGACAGUUUGCGGCAGGAUGUCGACAUCUCGCCCAGGUUCUUUCAAGCCAUGACGACCGUGGGGAGAAACCUGGUUGUUCGUUGGCGGAUGAAGAGAUUACCCAAGGACGAGCCCGGGCAACAAAACACCCCAGGAAAAGCAGGUCACUGGUGGUGGGACUUCGACGACACGCUACAGACCGCGCACGAGGAAAUAUCCGCGAAGACGCACUUACCAUCUCUCUUCGUGAGCACCCUGGCCACCAAGGCCCAUGAUGCGUCGCUUGGGGCACUCACCGCCAAGGAAGCCGUCACGGCCCAAAAGCUCGCGGGCAUGCGUCACACAAACGCCCCUCACCAGGUCCCAAGCCUCGCCGAGGUUGAGAAAGCCCUGCUCAUGACCACCGCAAGCAACGCCUUCCUCAAAUCCAUCGGCGACAAGCUCGCUCUCGCAAAGCACCAACUCACCCACCCGGACACCGAACCCACCCCAACCAACCCCAAGCAAAAACGCGCCCUCUCCCCUUCCCCCUCCCCCAAUUCUCCGCCCCCAAAACGCCGCAAACCCAACACCACUACAGCCACUCCCAUCCGCGUCAAACCUUCACAGGUAUUUAUUUUCUUGAUGCUCUUCACUCCUCUCUCCUCUCCUCCCUCAUUCGGAGGCAUUGAAUGCGUGGUUCCAUCGUCAGCAUCGGUCAGUAUGUCGGGCAGGGGUAAGGCUCAUGGACUGAUUGUCGGUCGUGGCAGGCUAGCCCGGCGGAGGGGCCGUGGGGUAGAGCGAUAA